UUUUUGUUGUUCCCGACAAGCCUGAGUCAGUUCACUUUGAAGUUUUGUCUACUUGCUCUUCCCCAAGCAGUCUUUGUUCUAAGUUGCCCAACUGUUCAGAGUUUGACUUAUCGCAAGUGCCUCUCCCUUCUGAAACUUGUAGUGAUGUGGGAGGUCUUGCUCUAUCCCCUAGAAAUGGGCACUAUUCCUCCUUCAUUGGUUAAAUGAAUACUUUCCAAAGGAAACUUGUAUUGAUAGUCCUUUUGGUAUAUUAUUUUUUCUUGACCGCAUUAUGACAUAUAUAUUCUUUGCAUCUUAUCUGACCACUUUUCUCUUGGCAGGAGACAUGAAUGCUCGAGCUUUGAUCGGUGGCCCUGAGGUUGUAGGUACAAGGGCCAACAAGAGGAGGAAAAAGUUAGCGAAUAAGAAUAAGGGGACCCUUGCGGAGUCUUCUUCUGUUCAUUCAGGCUAGAGUCGGCUUCUAGCUGGGGUUAUACCGCCAGCCCCUGUGACGACUUCUAGUGUGGUACCCAUGACUCGGUCCUUAUCUCCUAUAUUACCUUCUCAUGUUCAAAUGGUGGUACCUAGAUUCGAAGAGGUCAUCCAGAGUGACCAGAUACGGAUAGAAUGGUCUUUCUCUGGAGUUUGUGUCCCCAACGAGAUCGUUUGCCAUUCUAUUGCCAACACUGUUCAGUUGAAGAAGGAUAAGGAAGAUACAUGUCGUGCCCUCAUGUCUGAGAUAGACACUGUUCGUGGUGAGAGGAACAGUUGUAAGACUGAGCUUGAGCAACUCAAAAGUUCUUCUUGUACCAAGAUCAAUCAACUAAAGGUCGAGAUUCACCGUCUUCAGAAGUCUCAUGCUAUUGAGGUUGAGCAACUUAAAGCUGAUGCGGAAGCUGAUCGUCUUCAAGCCCCUGAAGAAGAAGGAGAGAUCCUAAAUAACAUGUUUUUUCAGGCCUGGAAACACAACUGCAGUAUUGAUUUAACAUUUCUGAAUGGCGGAGAGAAGUCUCUACUAGAGGCUUGCGAACAGAGAUUUGUUGAUGAAGAAAACUCCUUUGUUCGUACCUCCUUAGCACAGUCGGGAAAUGGUGAUGUUUCAAGGCCUGAAGAUAUCACUACCCGCGCUUCUACUGACCCCUUAGCUGCCUCGGGAGACCAGACCCUUGAGCCAGAGUCCUGAUAGCUUGG